AGCGCGGGGUCCAGUUCGCACCAUUAUCGGUCACCCAGGAGACCUGAGCACCGACAGUCCGCCAAGCAGCCAGCAGUCAAAGACGCAUCAUCCGUGCUUCAGCGCCAGGGAAGCGACCUUGAUGCGUAACUUUAUCGAGAACAUGGCGUUAUGGGCUGAUAUCACCGAUCCCGACCGGCAGUUUGAGACCAAUGUGCCGGUAAAGGCUGUCCAGGAGCCGGCUUUGCGCUCUGCAAUCUUCGCCUUCUCCUCGCGGCACAUUGACAGACAGCGCAAAGUGGAUGCGUCCGAGGCUCUGCAGUACCAUAACCACUGCCUACAACUUCUGAUUCCGGCCCUGUCUGGCUCGAGAGCAGACAUAACAGAUGUCGUUCUUGCCACAGUUGCGGUUCUGCGACAGCAUGAAGAAAUGGAGCCUGACGACAAUCAAUUCCAUCUGACCGGUACAGCGCGCAUACUGAACACAAUAUCCUCAUUCGGCUCGUCGGGAGGGUUGGGUGAGGCGGCGGCCUGGCUUUGUCUACGUGAAGAUAUAUACAUCGCGCUAAUUUCGCAGAAGCCGCUGCGGACGAAUCUCCAGAGCUUCCACAGGUCCAAUGUCUGGGUGAGGGAUGACGACUUUGCAUGGGCAAGUCGGAUGGUCUUUCUGCUGGCUAAAGUCCUAAGUUGCGCGUUCAGUCCCUGUGGUCAUGAGUCCUCUCUGGAUCUAAGCGGGCUGCAGAGACUGGCACAAGAAGUGGAAGCCUGGAACGAUUCGAAGCCUACUUCUUUCGACGCGAUACGCUCUGUACCACGGGGGGCAGAUUUAGAGCAGCGAUUUCCUGAGAUAUGGAUGUUGCUGCCAGUCCACGUUGUUGGGGCACAGUACUACCAUAUCGCAAAGAUCGUUCUGGCAGUCACCACUUGCCCUAGUCCCACGCUCGUUUCCCAAAAUUUCCAAGUAUCCAGACAUAUCGAGAAAGUAGUCAGACACCACCUCUUCAUGGUCCUGGGUUUGGCCAAGUCUAACCCCAAAGCUGAAAAUACGCUUUUCACCGCGCGUCAUAGUCUUGUAGCAUGGGGCUGGGUCAUUCGGCGUAGAGAGGAUCAAGAAGCUUCCGAGGCUCUUUUACGUGAAAUGGAGACCAGGACUGGCUGGGAUGUCACACGGACGAUUCAGGCUUUACGGGAGCAAUGGGCCGACGAUGAUUCUGACUGCUGACACCAGACUUAGAUUUGCGGGCAUGAUACACCAUUUGUUUCACCGAAGGAAGUCUGAGGUCAGAGCGUGCUUCCCCUGCUCGGGAAAAAGGCGGUCACGUCACGGGGAUGGGGAAUCUCAAUAUAUGGAGAUCAACAUGGCAGAUUCGGGAUCGUUUCAACCCGAUCAGAGGGUUCUUCCUACUCCCAUUCGCUCCGAGCUUAUGCAAAGUCAGGUUAGCUGCUGAUUACGAGAGCCAGCCCGAAAGCUUAUUGAGCCGCGGUGCCUACA